AUGCACGUGCCUGGUUCAAGCCAAGCGGCACACUCUCCUGGCCCACCGGACAUGGCGUCGUCGCAAAAGGCAGCGGAAGACUCUCCUGGCUCACCCGACAUGGCGUCGUCGCAAAAGGCAGCGGAAGACUCUCCUGGCUCACCCGACAUGGCGUCGUCGCAAGUGGCAGUGCGCAAAAUAUCAGUCGGGCCCAGAACGAUCGGUCCAGUCUCACUUAGGCGUUUGCGCAAAUAUCUUGGAAUCGAUGACAAUACCGAUCCACCGUCUCAAAGCACUCCACUUUACGAUCCAAUCUUCAUUGCGGUCGACGUUGAGGCGUGGGAACGUGAUGCGACAAAAGUCACCGAAGUUGGGAUUGCCGUAGUGGACUCACGCGCAUUGCUUUCCACUCCCGCUACGCCUCUCGACUGGAUCAACCAAAUUCGCACUCAACACAUCAUCAUCAAGGAGCACCAGAGCCAUGUCAAUAGCAGAUUCGUCCGUGGCUGCCCCGACAAGUUUCAGUUUGGUCAGAGCAAGAUCGUGGCUUUAGACGGCAUGUCGGGCGUCUUCAAGUCGUUUUUCGUCCAACCAGAUGAGAGUGCACCACAAUCCGGAGAGGAUUCGCUCCGUAACGUCGUUCUGGUCGGCCAUGCUGUGGCAGGGGAUAUCAAAUGGAUGGAAAAACUUGGUUACCCCUGCGCCAGUAUGUCUCAGCUCGUGGGCCUCGUUGAUACUCAGCGGCUCGCUCGAGAUCUUAUGUUGCCGCAAUCUCUGUCGAAACUCGCCGCUGCUCUCGGAGAAGAGCCCCAAUAUCUUCACAACGCUGGCAACGAUGCGCAUUGGACUAUGCAAUCGGUACUCUUGUUCGCUUUGUACGGCUCGAAAUUCCCCAACCCUCCCAGCAUGGCAAUUGCUCGCCAAGAGCUUAUAAAGAGAAUCCAAGCCCACAAAGAGCGCAUGCGGAUGUAUCAAGAAGAGGCCAAAGUGUUUCAAGAAGCAAACGAAGGAAAGGGAACGACGAAGAUCAGAAAGGUCAGUGUUAAGUGA